UCCUCUCUCAGGAAAAUAGUCACAUAUUCUCCAGUCUUUAUUCCUGGAACCAUUUUGGUAAACCUCUUCUACACUCCGUCUAAAGCCCAAACUCAUACUGGGCAUUUAUGAAAGCUGUGAAUCGUGAGGGUCCGUAGAUUCAUGGUUAUUUUGAGAGGAAAAUCCGAGAUGGGAAUGGGUGUGUUUUUCACACGUGAAAGAAAAGGGUUUCCAUGGUUACAGCUCACCAGCGAUGACCGCCCGGACCUAAUUCAAUGUGACACCUGCUCCACAAUCAUUCCGUCCGGUGCGGAGUCUGCUCAUUUCAUUGAAUGUUGGAGCUGAUCCCCGGGACGAGAUCGGGCCGCAAGCGGCACUGGGGCCUGGCCCUCCUCGGAGCUGUCAGCGGAGCUGGUCUCGCACUGACCCUGGGCGCCGCUCCAUUUGUGGCCCCGGCUCUGAGGAGGGUCUGUCUCCCCUUCGUCCCUGCCAGCCCGGCCCAGGUGGAGACGGUGCUACAGAUGCUGAAAGGCCGCAGGGGAAAGCUGGUGGAUAUCGGCAGCGGGGACGGCAGGAUCGUAAUUGCAGCAGCAAAGCAAGGGUUUCGAGCUGUGGGUUAUGAGCUGAAUCCUUGGUUGGUUUGGUAUUCUAGAUACAAAGCAUGGCAGGAAGGAGUGCACCACAGUACCAGAUUUUACAUCUCUGACUUAUGGAAGGUUGAUUUCUCAGAAUAUAGUAAUGUUGUCAUAUUUGGAGUUCCUCAAAUGAUGAAGUCCUUGGAGGAGAAACUUCAGAGGGAGCUGACGAGCAAUGCUAGAGUCGUAGCCUGUCGUUUUCCAUUUCCUAGCUGGAUGGCUGUUUGUGAAUCUGGAAAGGGAACUGAUACAGCAUGGUUGUAUAAUGCAAAGUCAUUUAAAACCCCAUCAAAAAAAUUGUAGAAAUAAUUGAACGGUCAAAGCAGGCAUAAUCUUCAUUUACUGCAGAGUGAUUACAGAACUGUCUUCAAGAAUUAAAUAAUGGAACAUUUUUGGAUGUGAUCUAAUCAGUUUGGGGUUGCAGCAUGGCUUUUAAGCCAAUAGUUUGUUUUCCCCAACAGUUGAGUAAGCAAAUACUGAAUUUCUGUGUUUUUUAAAAAAAAAAUGAUUCUCUGCUUUAUCAGAUUCAGAUUGUAAAAACACAAUUUUAAGUGAACUGUGUAUAGGUCUGAUAUUUAAAACAAGACCAGAAAUGUUACUAAUUAAAUCUUUAAUUGUCUGAUUUGUUGACAUAUUAAAAUACUGUCAGCAGCA